GCCCAACCACGGGUUGAAGUCAUGCGCUGCUCACGGUGUGCCAAGUGCGUGGAGACCGUCACCAGUUCCCGAGCAGCAGAUGGAGAUUUGAGGAAAAUCAGCACGGAUGAUGCGAGUGCCAGCGGCAUGGUUCGAUUCGGUCAUAACCUUUACUAUUGUGACCGCUGCGCGAGGAUGGUAGGAUAU